AUGUCUAUACAAGCAGCUGGCCUAGAUAACAUUGAUGCUAUUAUGAAUGCUGCCAGAAACUGGAAAACAGAAAAACAUAUUACUGCUCUAGAAAUAGAUACUACAGAAGCAAUUGCUCAACUUACAGACCAAAUUGCUCAAUUAA